AUGAAGGAAGAAGAUGAAGAGAAAACCGUCUUUCACAUGGAUAAAGGGAUCUUUUGCUACCAAAAGAUGCCUUUUGGCCUCAAAAACGCUAGAGCAACCUAUCAACGCCUAGUUGACAAGACUUUCGCCAGCCAAAUUGGUAGAAACAUGGAAGCAUACGUCGACGACUUGGUAAUCAAAAGUAAAACGGAAUAUCAAAUGCUCGAUGACAUCCAAGAAACCUUCAAGAACCUAAGGAAGGUCAACAUGAAACUCAACCCCGAGAAAUGCUCAUUUGGGUUUGAGGAAAGAAAGUUCCUGGGGCAUAUUGUGGGAAAGCAAAGUAUAAAGGCUAAUCCAAACAAGGUGAAAGCUGUUCUUGAAACCAAGCCACCACGAAGCAAAAAGGAGGCUGAAGAAGCCUUCAACCAGAUGAAGCAACACCUAGCUUCCCUACCUGACAUUGCAGCCCCAGAAACAGGAGAAUUGAUCUCGGUAUACCUUUCAGUUGCUAAAGAAGCAAUAAGUGCGGUCCUCACCAUCGAACGAGACAAAGUUCAGAAUAUGCUUGAAAAACCAGAAAACUCGGGACGAUUAGCUAAAUGGGCAGUAGAACUAGGUGAGCAUAACAUCACCUAUGUUCCAAGAAAGGCCAUCAAAGCCCAAGUCUUGGCUGAUUUUAUUAUAGAAGUCCCAAAGCCAACAAUCACGGAAGUAAACACAGCCGCCACUGAACCUUCAGACCUUGAAGCCUGGAAGCUUUUUACCGAUGGGGCUUCAAGCAUUGAAGGGUUAGGUACCGGGCUCAUUCUGAUCAACCCAGAAGGGUUAGAAUUCACGUAUGCUCUUCGAUUUGAUUUUCAGACCACCAAUAAUGAAGCUAAAUACGAAGCGUUGAUAGCCGGCUUAAGGUUAGCUAAAGAAACGAAGGUCCAAAAGCUUGAAGUGUUCACAGACUCGUUGCUGGUAUCAAGCCAAGUGAAUGACAGUUACAUUGCAAAGGAACCCAAUAUAAAAAGAUACAAAGAAAAAUCCAAAGAAUUGAUGAAUACCUUCCAAACGUGUACCAUCAAGGAAAUUCCCAGGUCUCAAAACAAGAAAGCUGAUGCUUUGAGCAAACUCGCAUCUCUCACUUUUGCCCACCUUACCAAAAAGGUAUUGGUAGAAGUGUUAAAAGCUCUAUCAAUUGAUGAGUUGGAAUUUCAAGACGUAAUCACCGAAGAAGAUCCCAAUUGGAUGACUCCAAUCAAGAAAUUCCUUAAAAAUGGUGAGUUGCCUGCUGAUUAA